GAAGAAGGGGGAUCCUGCAGGACCUGAGAGAGAGAGAGAGAGAGAGAGAGAGAGAGAGAGAGACUGUACAAUCUACCUCUGUGGCGUGGUGGACGAAGAAGAAGAAGAAGAAGGAGACAUAAUCUAUCAAAAAAAAAAAAAGCUUUUUCUUUCUCUCAAAUUGUUCCCACGGCUGUGAGCUUGUUCCGAGCAUAAAGACAAACCCGGAUCACAGCACUGUGUGUAUUUUGCAUUUUUGACUCCCAAACAAACCACGAAGAAGAAGAAGAAGAAGAAAAAGUAGCUGCAGAGCCACGAAGAAGUCUGUCACAGAGGAUCUCUGCAAAUCUCUGCACACACUGGCGGAGGAGUUGUCGCAUUGGAGCAAAACAAGCUGCGUGGGGGAAAAAAAAGAAAAGAAACUCAUAUCUCACUAGGUGAAGUCGGCUGUUACGUGUUGUGCUUUUUUAAAAAGGACUUGAGGUGUUUUUUUCACACACCUCCUCCCCCCCACUCUUCCCUCUCCACGCAUGCCUCAAACUUCUCCCCGUGGCCUGGUGCUGGAGCAGCGGAGUCGAGCUAACGCAGCUAGCGGCUAACACCACCUUCAGUCCCGGACGACAACAACAACAACUCCCGUUGGUGUGUUUUUCUGCUUUUUUUAAACGUCGACACGGACAAACUUAGCUGCAGCAAUUCAACACGACAAUGCAGUAGCUGACACAAAGGGAGCAGCCGUGUCUUGUGCUGUUGUUUGUUUGUUAACAGGGGGGGGUGGUGGGGGGGGUUUGUUCCUCUCUCUCUCCAUGAGGUGGCUAACUGUAGCAGCGUCGUUAGCUCGUGUUUGACUGAACACGUUGGACUUGGUCGUUCCCUCCGCCCAUCUUCUGGGAUGUCUUUUAUUUAUUUUUGUUUACCUGUUGGCCCAUGUCGCGAAACAAAACCAGUGUCCUGAAGGCAUAUAUAUCCACCAGUCUGAGCUACCAAAAGGAUUAUUCUGUAUUUGACACGGAAUAGUGACUUAUCCCGAGUCAGUGAUGAGGCUCCGGACUUUGUGUUUGUGUUUUGUUUUGACUGCUGGAGUCUUUCUCAUGAGCUGUCAUCGAGCUGAAGCAGAGGUGUGUCCAAGCAAGGACAUCCGGAACAAUGUGACCAACCUGCAGACGCUUGAGAACUGCACUGUGAUCGAAGGCCACCUGAAGAUCCUGCUCAUGUUCCGAACCAAGCCCGAGGAUUUCCGAGGCCUCACUUUCCCCAAACUGAUGGUGAUCACAGACUACCUGUUGCUCUUCAGGGUCUACGGCAUGGAGAGCCUCAGCGAUCUCUUCCCCAACCUCACCGUGAUCAGAGGCAACAACCUGUUCUUCAACUACGCCCUGGUGAUGUUCGAGAUGCUCCAGCUGCGAGAGAUCGGCCUCCGAAACUUGAUGAACAUCACCCGUGGAGCCGUGAGAAUUGAGAAGAACCCAGAUCUCUGCUACCUCUCCACUCUGGACUGGUCCAAGAUCCUCGACACAGUGGAGGACAACUACAUCAUGGCAAACAAGAACGACAGAGAGUGCGGAGAUGUUUGCCCGGGGGCCGCCAUCGGAAAGACCACCUGCCAGACUACCACCAUCAACGGACACUUCAGUGAACGCUGCUGGACGCAGAACCACUGUCAAAGAAUGUGUCCUGUUCAGUGUAAACAUCGAGCCUGCACCAAGGACGACCAGUGCUGCCACGACCAGUGUCUGGGCGGCUGCCUGAAGCCCCACUCGGCCGCUCACUGCGUGGCCUGCCGCGGCCUCCAGCACGAGGGCACCUGCGUAGAACGCUGCCCCGAAAACCACUUUACCUAUAAAGGCUGGCGCUGCGUCUCUUUUGCCUUCUGUCAGGAACUCCACAACAAAUGCAAGCGGGAGAAGGAGCGCACCAAGAGCCCCGACUGCCACGAGUACGUCAUCCACAACGGGGGAUGCAUCCCUGAGUGUCCCUCCGGCUACACCACCGUCAACUCCUCCAUGCUGAACUGCACUCCCUGCGCCGGGCUCUGUCCAAAGGUCUGUAUGGGUGUGAAGACUGUGGACUCGGUCAUGACUGCUCAGGCUCUGAGAGGCUGCACUGUGCUCAACGGGAGCCUGGUCAUCAACCUGCGGGGAGGAAACAACAUCGCUGCUGAACUGGAGGCCAGCCUGGGCCAGCUGGAGGAGAUCACUGGCUACCUGACAGUGCGGCGUUCCUACGCCCUCGUCUCCCUCUCGUUUUUCCGUAAACUCCAUGUUAUUCGCGGAGAGGAACAGGAAAUCGGGAAUUACUCCUUCUACGCUCUGGACAACCAGAACCUGCGGCAGCUCUGGGACUGGUCCAAACACAAGCUGACCAUCCUGCAGGGACGCAUGUUCUUCCACUACAACUCCAAACUUUGCAUGUCCGAGAUCCACAAGAUGGAGGGGGUGACGGGGACCAAAGAGCGGCAGGUCAAGAACGACAUCGCCUCCAAGACAAACGGAGACCAGGCCUCAUGUGAGAACCACGUGUUGAAGUUCACUGUGAUCCGAACUGGGAGUGAUAAAAUAUUGGUGAAGUGGGAACCCUUCUGGCCUCCAGACUUCAGAGACCUGCUGGGCUUUAUGGUGCUCUACAAAGAAGCACCUUUUCAGAACGUAACCGAGUUCGACGGGCAGGACGCCUGCGGCUCCAACAGCUGGGUGAUCGCCGACGUGGACCCUCCGCGUCGAGCCACAGACGGAGACAGGGAGCAGUCUGAACCGGGUUACCUCAUCCUGCCGCUGAAGCCCUGGACGCAGUACGCCAUCAUGGUGAAAACCCAGCUCUCGGCCUCCGACGAGCACCAGGUCCACCACGGAGCGAAGAGCAAAAUCAUCUAUGUCCGCACCAACGCCACAAAACCCUCAGUCCCGCUGGACCCCAUCUCCUCGUCCAACUCUUCCUCUCAGAUCAUCCUCAAGUGGAAACCUCCCAACGACCCCAAUGGGAACAUCACUCACUACCUGGUCUUCUGCCAGCGCCAGCCUGAAGCCAGCGAGCUCUACAAGUUUGACUACUGUCAGAAAGGGAUGAAGCUGCCGUCUCGGGUUCCCACACAGGUCGACAGUGACGAGGAGCAGAAGUGGAACCAGACGGAGGAGCAGGGCCAGGGGACGCGAUGCUGCGCCUGCCCCAAAACCGACAAGGAACUGAAGAAGGAGAAAGAGGACUCGGAGUACCGGAAGACCUUUGAGAAUUACCUUCACAACGAAGUCUUUGAGCUCAAACGCUCGAGACAGCGGCGCUCUGUGAUGGGCAUCGCCAAUCGAACACACCCCUUCCUCACCACCGCCCCGAGCCCGACCCAUGGCACAGGCAGCCCGGACGAGGACGAGGAAAACUUUGAAAACUCCAAGUCUGUCGUCACCGUCCACGCAAAGGAGUCCACUGUCAUCUCAAGCCUGCGCCACUUCACCAGCUACCAGAUCGAGAUCCACGCCUGCAACCACCCGACUGACGCCGCACGGUGCAGCAUGGCGGCGUAUGUCAGUGCCCGCACAAUGCCUGAAGAUAAAGCCGAUGACGUCAUUGGUCCAAUCAAUUAUGACGUGGCAGAGAACACAGUGCUGAUCUCAUGGCAGGAACCUGCGGCCCCUAAUGGUAUGAUCAUCCUGUACGAGGUCAACUACAAGAGACUGGGAGACUCAGAGGAGCUUCACUACUGCGUGUCGAGGAACAUGUAUAAAGUGACCCGGGGCGCAAAGCUGAAAGUGAUGCAUCCUGGGAAUUACACAGUGAGGAUCCGGGCCACCUCGCUGGCAGGGAACGGAUCCUGGACUGAUCCCACGUACUUCUACGUCCAGGACGCAAGCGAUCCUCUCUACUUCGUAAAGAUCAUCAUCGGGCCGAUCCUCUGCUUUGUCCUGGUGCUGUGCAUGGCCACGGCUGGAUUCGUCAUCUUCAGAAAGAGUCAAACUCAAGGACCAAGUGGUCCCAUCUACGCCUCCUCUAACCCGGAGUAUCUCAGCGCUAAUGACGUGUACGAGGAGGACGAGUGGGAGGUGGGGAGAGACAAGAUCAACAUCUUGAGGGAGCUGGGCCAGGGCUCCUUCGGCAUGGUGUACGAGGGCAUCGCCAAGGACAUCAUCAAGGGCGAGGGCGAUACGCGGGUAGCGGUGAAGACGGUGAACGAGUCGGCCAGCCUGAGGGAGAGAAUCGAGUUCCUGAACGAGGCCUCGGUCAUGAAGGCCUUCAACUGUCACCAUGUGGUGCGUCUGCUGGGAGUCGUGUCUAAAGGUCAGCCCACGUUGGUGGUGAUGGAGCUGAUGACCCACGGAGACCUGAAGAGCUGGCUGCGCUCUCUGAGACCUGACUCUGAGAACAACCCCGGGCGUCCACCGCCCACUCUGAAGGAGAUGAUACAAAUGGCCGCUGAGAUCGCAGACGGCAUGGCUUACCUUAACGCCAAGAAGUUUGUCCACAGAGAUCUGGCAGCCAGAAACUGCAUGGUCGCUCACGAUCUCACUGUCAAAAUAGGAGACUUCGGCAUGACCAGAGACAUCUACGAGACCGACUACUACAGGAAGGGAGGGAAGGGCCUGCUGCCCGUCAGGUGGAUGGCCCCCGAGUCUCUGAAGGACGGAGUCUUCACUGCAAAUUCAGACUGCUGGUCGUUCGGGGUGGUGCUGUGGGAGAUCAGCACGCUGGCCGAGCAGCCGUACCAGGGCCUGUCCAACGAGCAGGUCCUCAAGUUCGUCAUGGACGGGGGCUUCCUGGACCGGCCGGACAACUGCGCGGACAGACUACACAACCUGAUGCAGAUGUCCUGGCAGUACAACCCCAAGAUGCGUCCCGCCUUCCAGGAGAUCAUCGAGAUGCUGCGCGAGGACCUGCACCCUUCCUUCCAGGAGGUGUCCUUCUUCUACAGCGAGGAGAACAAGCCGCCGGAGAGCGAGGACUUUGACCUGGACAUGGAGAACAUGGAGAGCAUCCCACUGGACCCGUCAUCGUACUCCCAGAGGGAGCACUGUUUGGACAGAGACGAGGCCUCCUCCAUGGGCCUGAGGGGCAGUUACGAGGAGCACCACAUCCCCUUCACACACAUGAACGGGGGAAAGACCAACGGACGAAUACUGGCCCUACCCCGGUCCAGCCCCUCCUAACACCCCCCGCCCCCCUUUACUCAAACAUGUCGCUAUAGAUUAAAAAUAUAUAUUUUUGUUUUUCGUUGUCAUUUUAUAGAGAUCACACUUUUAUCACUCUCUCUCCAGACGCCACUCAGUGCAUAUCUCAGGACCUUAUUUUUCUCCUCCGAUGCCACAAACACACACUACAGCACGCCCAAACAUGGAUGCCAGACGACACUUUUUGUAUUUAAGGACGAACCUCCCUUGUCUCUUGUCCAUGAUUGUAGUUUAUAUACUGUAUAUAUAUAUUGCAAAGUUUGCUAGACUGGGUGGAUUAAUGGAUUCAACUGUGAAACAAACUCUUGACAAACAAGACGGCUGCUAAACCCACUGUCCCCUCAUAAGUCCAGACUGCAAUCCCCUCCCCCCCCUCCUCUCUCGACUCCUUAUCCAACCCAAGGAUUCAUCCCUCGGUUGCUAAGUUUUGGAAAAAGAAAAAAGAAAAGAAAAAGUGCCCUUCUAUUUUGUCUGUUGCCUCCAUCAGUUGUCAUUGAACUUUUGUCUGAAUCUUUGUACGCGCGGUAAUGACAAACUGAAAAUCAAAGACUUCGGGAACUCUUUGUCGGGUGGUUAGGAAACGGUCCAUCCUCGAACAAACUCUUCUGAUCCACUGGAGAAGCUGGUUGAAGUGGCUUACCUCCUCACACUCUGCAGUAUUCCAAAAUGGCACACAGGAUGAACACAGGACUUUUGUAGGGUUAUAUAUUUUUUAAACUGAUUCACCUGUCUUUUCUUUGUUUUUUCUCUCUUUGAGUUUUCACAUUUACAGCUGAAGGAUAUUUAAACUGUUUUCAAAAAACACGUUGGUGAACGAGUUCCUCAGAUUGACCAAUAGCUGCUUCUUUGGUAUAUUUUAGUGGGUCUAGAAGAUUAAAAAAAAAAAAAGUAUAUAAAUAUAUAUAUAUAUAAAUAUAUUAUUGAUGUUUUUGUACAUAGCUGGUAUGUUGUCAUUUUUGAGGUCUUUCCGGUUCUAGAAACUGUUUUUACAUGUUAGUCUCUUGUGUUUGUUUUUUUCUAAUCCAGAAACUCAUACUAAGUAGCUUUUCUUUUUUUUUUUGGACUUUGUGAUCAACCGACAGCACUUGGUCUUUUUUGCUAUGCGAGGCCCCCGGCGACGAGGAGUGUGUGGCGCCUUCAGCUUGAGAUGUCUGCCCAUCAUAUGGAGAUCAAAUAAAAUAGUGCUGUAAAUAAUGCAGCAAGGUGCGUUCAUGAAGAGGCUCUGCCCGUCUUUCUCCUUUUUCUCUUACUACAGGUGUCGUCGGACGCUGAGCCGUUUCUUCAGAAGCUGUUUCUUGAGAAUCUAUUUUGUGUAUCAGAAGCUUUUAUCACACAACCAUGCAAAGGUAAAGUCGACACAUUGAACUUCAUCCAUAAAGGAAGCACAGCUUAGAUGAGAUAUGUUUUUUGCCAUAUACAACACAUCACAUCAUUGAGUGCUUUCAGCAGAAAUCCUUCAAAUAUUGUUCAUCUAUUGCUGUGAUUAAAGGUUUAUUCUAUAGCGUUUUUUUUUUUUUUUCAUGUGUCACAUACAUGAUCAUGAUAAUGCCAUGAACACUUUGAAGUAACAGAAUUACAUCAUAAAGGUGAAAAUCAACCAUGGAUUAAAAACACAAAACUAAACUUAACCUUAUUAAAGAAUAUGUGGGAUCGUU